GCUGCUAUCGUUAUCGCCACUGCGAACAGCAAGGCAUAAAGACUGCGUUACUCCAUCGAGUCUUGUCUUCCUAUUCACUAAAUUGCCGGUUUUAGCUUUCCUCGUUUCUGCCGUUCCUGGCUUCUUUGCGGUGCUCGGAGCCGCGGAACCCAGGGUAUCCCUAUUAAUGAUCCGCGAUGGGCGAGUUCACGCACGACAUCGAAUCGGAACUGAUCGCUCUCGUCGAAGAACGACCGUGCCUGUGGAACUCCAAAGACAUUCAUUAUCACAACAGGCAUGUCAAGGAGAUGGCGAUGCGAGAAAUCACCGAACGAUUGGGACAUGGAUUCACAGAAUCUAUCAUCAAGUCCAAGUGGGCCAAUCUGCGUUCCCAGUUUCAACGCGAGGUACGCAAAAUCAAGGAGUCUGCGCAAGGUGGCCACCCACUCGAUCGCUACAUGUCAAAGUGGGCCCACUACCAGCAGCUGCAGUUUCUUCGGCAGGAAGACACUCCAGAGUCCCUCAGUGGCUAUUCGUGUCCACCUGAGCCACAGCAUGACAACAGCAUGCACCGCAGUUCCCAUGACCAGCAACAGCAGCUCCUUCGGAAGGAUGACAUUCCCGAGUCCCCUGGCUACACGUGUUAUUUCGAGCAACAGCACGAUAACAGCACGGAUCACAGCCUUUCGGAAUCGCAUCCACCUUGUGAGCCCGCACCACCUCCAACCCACUCUGCCAUACCUAUGAAGCGAAAGUGCUACAGCGACAAUGGUGUUGCUGUUGGUGGAGUGGGAACCUGCAACGUUGGUAGCAUCCCAAUGGGCCGGUAUCGACGAGAGUCUCCCCUAGAGGAACCUUCCGGCUCGACAGCUGUUGUGGUGUCACCAACAGUUGGCGCAUGUCGUGCUUUUGGUCUUAUGAUGGAGAACUGCGUCAGUGAUAUUCCUGAGGGCCCUAAUCGAGACCUGGCAAUGCUGGUCGCAUACCAAGCCCUCGUGAGGUUCAAGCUCACACUCAAUGGUCAUGGCAGUGAUGUAGUCGACAUCACGCUCGGUGAACUUUUCAGGACUUGAAUGCACCGUCAGGUUCUAACGACCUGGCUGUAUGUGGUGCACACAUCUGCCUUUGCUGGCAUUGUUGUUCAUAGCAGUGAUUUUAAAUCCACUGCCCUUUUUGCUAGCAGGAGUUGAUCAUAGCUGGAUGUGUGUCCUGGUUAAUUGUUUCUCAGAGGGUGAAUUCGCUGUGGCAGAUCUUGGGUUUUCGAUCAUGUUUGCAAAUGUCUCAUGGCAUGUGUAUUGAAUUUGUGGUGUAUAAAGAGAGGAGGAUUGUGUGUUUUCUAAAAUGAAAAAAAAAAGAGACCUGUCUGCAUCGGUGACACCCACUGUGCAUAUAGUGAUGCUGCUGGUCGCUAUGUGCCCUUGUUAAUUGUUUUACUGUGCAUGUCACCACUGCCUUUUUUUGGCUCUCUUGUCAUAAGUGCUUAUCAAGAUUCAAUAAAGUAGGUGUUCUACAUUUGCUGCUAAUGAAAUGUUUAGGUACUAAGGUUAAAUUUACUUUUAAUAAAAACUUAAAAAACGAAAAUAUUUUCGCACUCUUGUUCAAUCGCUCAAUAUGCUGCUGAUGAAGUGAGAAUGUGCAGGAUAAAAAUUUCACUACUGCA